AUGUACAAAUGGCUGACGUCGUAUUACCCUACAGUGAGAGAAGAACUAAUCAAUAAUGAAAGACAGAAAGAAGUAGAUAUUUUUUAUGUCGACAUGAAUGGAGUGAUACAUCAUUGUACACAUGCGAACAAGGAGACCCUACCUGUGCAUGAUGAACAUGAGCUGUUGUCAAACAUCUUGAAGUACUUAAAGAAUCUGUUUCAUUUAGUGAAACCAAAAAAUUUAGUUUAUGUCGGGGUGGAUGGAGUCUCCCCUAAGGCCAAGAUGAACCAACAGAGGAAGAGACGCUUCCUCAGCUUAUUUAAGGUCAGCGAUAAUUCUAACGGGGCUAACCUGUUCAACCCUAACUGUAUCACCACAGGCACCGAUUUCAUGUACAAAAUUAACCUCGCUCUGAAUAAGUGGUUCCAGAUUUUGAAGAAGAAGAAUAUCUUUCCCUUCGACGUGAUUUUUUCCGGAUCGGAUGUGCCCGGGGAGGGCGAACACAAAAUUUUGAAGUUCAUUCGGGAGAACUGCAAGCGCGACGCCGCCUUCCGAAACUACAACCACUGCAUCUACGGACUGGACGCGGACCUCAUCAUGCUGUCACUCGUCACGCACCUUAACAACAUCUUCAUUCUGAGGGACAAGUACAAAAUGACCAACGAUUCGCACGCCGCGCUGCUGGAGAAUUUUGAGAAGACGCAGCGGGAUUUUAGCCAGCCCAGGGAGGUGGCAUCCAUUCAGGAAAGCAGCGCGGAGGAUACCAAUCAGGAAAGCAGCGCGGAAGAGUCCAUUCAGGAAGGCAGCGCGGAAGAGUCCAUUCAGGAAGGCAGCGCGGAGGAUACCAAUCAGGAAGGCAGCACGGAGGAUACCAACCAGGGGGACUCCACUUUGCGCACCGUUCUCCCCCCCCCGCAGAGCGCCCCCUUCUGCAGAGUGCACCACUACACACAGGACUACUACGCCAACUGCGAACCGCUGAACAGUUACGAUUUCGAAAUUCUAGAUGUGUACAAAUUACGCAACUCGAUAAGAACCCAAAUAGCAACCUACAUCAAUAAAUUAAAAAAAGAAAAAAAUGUCAUUUUUAACAUAACCCGAGUAGUAGAUGAUAUAGUGUUCCUCUCCUUCCUAGUAGGAAACGAUUUCCUCCCUCAUAUCCCAAAUAUCGAUAUUAACGAAGGAUCCAUGAAUGAAAUUCUGAAUGCAUAUAUAUACUACAUAUAUAGGUACAAUAAUUACUUAACACUUAAAGACAAGGUACAUAUUCAGAGGUUGAAAAUUAUCUUAAAAAUUUUGAGUGCUCAAGAAUUCUCUUAUUUUUUAAAAAGGGGAAAUGCUGAAAAUGUGAGAGAGUUCACUGAUGAGAGCAGGUACAAGGGUUACUACUACCUGCAGAAGUUUGGGUUGGAGGACCCCAAGCAGAUUCAGCAUAUUGUGAAUAAGUAUAUUGAGGGCCUCUUUUGGAAUUUGCACUACUACCACUUCGGCUGCGCGAGUUGGUGUUGGGAGUAUCCCUACCACUACGCGCCCUUGUGCAGCGAUUUGCUCUCCUUUGAGAAGUCCGAUUUUUUUUUCGAAAAGGGAAAGCCCUACUCGGCCUACACGCACCUCAUCAGCGUGCUGCCGCAGAAGGACAACAACCUCCUGCCCGAGGCGUACAAAAACAUCUACUCCGAAGACGAGGUGAAGUCCUUCUUCCCUGAGAACGUUCGAAUCGAUCCCAAUGGAAAAAAGUACGUGUUGGAGGAAGGAGCCAUUUUGACGGGUCUCCCCCCAGCCCAGAGCCCGAUCGGAGAAACAUGGGAGUACAUCGUGCACCUCCCCUUCAUAAACUGCAACACGAUAAACAAGAUAAUUACGGAGCGCAGUAAAAAGAUUUCGAAGCUCAAAUACAAGUUGAGAGAACUCACAGGACGGGAGCACAGAUACUAA